UUCCGCCUCUCCCGCGCCCCCCCACCACCACCAACGACACACGUGGGCCCGGUGGGAGCGCGCGGGGGCCCCCUGGCGGCCGGUCGGGGGAGGCGCCGGGCCUGGCCGGAGCGGGCGCCGAUGGACGCGGGGCGCUGCCGGGCGGGCGGGCGGCUGGACAUGAGCCACGGCUUCGUGCGGCACAUCCGGCGCAACCAGAUCGCCAGGGACGACUACGACCGGCAGGUGAAGCAGGCCAAGGAGCAGCUGCGGCGGAGGCUGACCCCCGCGCCCCCCCGGCCCCGCAGGCCCGACCAGCAGGUCUACCGCCCCGGCCGCAGCAGAGGCGCAGCCGGAGCAGCCCCGGGCGGCGGCGAGGGCGAGUCGGAGGCGUCGAGCGGGAGCAGCUCCAGCAGCCGCGAGCGGCGCCCCCGCGGCCCGGCCCUCUUCUGCCUGGAGUACGAGGCCGACGGCGGCCAGGUCACCUCGGUGGUGGUCUACCAGGACAAUGACCCCGAAGAAGUGGUGGAGAAGGUCAGUGCCCAGAAUCAACUGGAGCCAGCCUUGCACGAGGCCCUUCGGCAACGGGUACAAGAGGAAUUGGAGAAGCGGCGAGUGACGCGCUGAGAGCCAUUGCAGGGAUUGAGAAAUGUUUUAGGGGAAAUGGCGCUGGGCCUGUUUACCAGCACUCAGGACCAGGCUUGGGGGCUCCCCUUACGCUGCUCAAGGGUACCAUCAGGAGCAGUGGCAGAAGGAAGCAAAUCCCCGCGGCCCAUCCUUUGACCGAUCUGCCCCAGAAGAAAGCGAGCCGAAUUGUCGCAACCCAGACUUGCUGGCUGGCUCUGCAUUGUAGUGGUCUGCCUCUCCCUCCCCCUCUUGCGAACAUCCGUCGAGCCUGCUGUUUGCUUGGACGUCAGACCCAGGCAGAGGUAGCAGGGUGUUACCAGCUGCAUCACCCCCUUUCUCAGGGUCUUGGAUGAUGCUGAGGGUAGAGAUGGCUGCUGUGAAUAGGUCAUUGAAGGGAGCUGCUCCCUUGUCUGGAUUUGCAGCUUUUUGGUAGAUCAGCCAGAAGGACGUUUUUUUCCUCGUGCAGAAAGUAGACCGAUGGGCUGACCCAAGGGUCGGGGUGAGGAGGAUGGGAAGAAGCAGGGCUGUCUUGGAGGCCGUUGCCUUGCCCUCUUCCUGCCAGCAAAGGUUCUCAGAAAUGUAGCCUAGGGUUGUAAAUAAAGACCUAGAACCUGCUUUUCCACAAUAGUUCUUUGGUGCAGGAAUUUGUUCUGAAUGCUUGUGUAGUUUUGUGAAAACCUACCCGACCCCUUUGUUGACUAAACAUGGUUGGUGCUUAAGAAGGUGCUGUUGUCCCUGUUCUUUCUGCCCCAGGAUAAAGUUCUCGAGUCAGUUCACAAUGCAGGGAGGAAACAGAAGAUCCAGAAUCGAACUCUUUCUUCUUUAAAAAGGAUUUGCAUUUACAUUCAUGUGUAGUUCUGGGCAAUAAUCCUAUUCAGGAACAGACACAACACACUAAGAUACAAAAAAAGCAAACUGAUUUAGGGAAUUGACCUGUGAAGGAUACCCACACAUCGCUAAUGGCAUCUAAAACCCCUGAGACUUUUGGCAGAAUAGCAGGAGUUCAACUCCCACCAUCUAGGCAUCACAGAAAUAAUUUUUCAUUCCAAAACCUGAAUUAGAAUAGAUCUAAAUAGCCAAUUUCCUCCCAGACCAUCUAGAGCUUAAAAGGACAUUCUCCAAAGAAAAGUUACAAGGCUGGACUCCCGUGGGGCAAACAACGCUGGUACCCCCACACCCCCACCCCCAUCCCCGUCUCCAUGCACACCUGCCAUUUGGGGACAUGGACACUGAAAAGGAGCUGUAGUGAUACACCUAUACCCACAAGUCAGCAUCAAGGAUUGGGUCCUGUAACCCCCCAAGCGGGUCUUAACAGCUCUACCCACAGCCUGUUGCGUUGCCCCAUCCUAUUCAGUAAUCCCACUAACAACCUGCCUCCCUCAAAGGCUAGAUUCCUUCCCAGAGCAGUCAUUGAUACAUUAGGAAUUUGUCUUUGUAUCAAGGUUACAAAAAAAAUCUCCAGAAGGGUAGAAUUCGGGCAAAGCCUUCACAGUUCAAAUCAGUCCAGGAAGUCAGAUUAUUCAGUUCCAGGGCUGCCAGUGCCCUGACUGGGAGGUUUCCCUCCCUUAGCUUCAGCCAGGCCAAGAACAUCUUCCGGGGAAACCUGGAGCAAAACAGCUAUGCAGUUUUUCUAAAAAGCUCAUUGAAGGGGAUUGUUUUAUUUCAUGUUUAUUUACAAACUCACCUUUUAAUAAAAGAUGUUGGAAAAUAUGC